AUGGACAGUGCAGCGGCAGAUGCGAUCCACGGGGCCGUGGAGGUGGUGGACACGCUGAGGACGGCGGGCGAGCAGGCUCAGCUCGUCGACGAGGUGCUGCAGGCGCCUGAGCAGAAACUGGACGACGGCCACGGCGCCAGCAACGGACACUACGACUCAGAAGAGCAUGAUGGCAAUGGUGAUAGCGCUGGCUCCGACGCCGAAAACGAGCCGGUCACGACAGUUCACGACGUGCUGGACACGCACGUCGUCGGACCGCAGUACGACAUCGACUUCGGCCGCCUUGGCAAUUUCCUUCUCAAGUGCGGCAUCAACCUCGUGCUCCCCUUUGUCAACGGCAUGAUGAUGGGAUUCGGUGAGAUCUUCGCCCACGAGCUGUGUUUCCGGCACAAUUGGCGUUUUGCCAGGGUCUCCCCGCCAGAACGGAUGCUCCGUGCCAGAGAGAGAGCGAGCGAGAGAACGAGCGCUGUUCUUGGCGGGGACUCCGUGCUGCUACAUUAG